AUGAGUAUAAUUCGAGCCAUCAGUUGCUCAUCAAAACGGUUAUUGUCAACAUGUACUAGGCCAAUCAAAGUACUCGGCAUUGAAACUUCGUGCGAUGAUACAUCAGCUGCGAUUGUUACUUCAGAUAGAAAGAUUCUAGCAGAAGUCGUUCGAGGACAGCAAGAAUUGCAUGAACCAAUGGGUGGUAUUGUACCUACUUUAGCGAGCAAGGGACAUUCUCGCAAUUUACCAGGAGUCAUUUGCGAAACAUUGGACCGUGCUGGAUUAUCGGUGCAAGAUUUGGAUGCAAUUGCAGUUACCAGAGGUCCUGGAUUACCACCUUGUUUGCCCGUAGGACUAAAUGCUGCAAAGACAUUAGCUGCCGUAUCCAGAAAGCCUUUGAUCGGUGUCCAUCACAUGGAGGCACAUGCAUUGACAGCAAGAUUGACUACCGAUAAUGACCUGAAUCAGCCUGCACCAGCAUUUCCAUUCAUGACGUUACUUAUAUCAGGUGGUCAUACACUGUUAUUGACUUGCAACAACAUUGGCAAUUAUAAUCAAUUAGGAACGACAUUGGAUAACGCGGUAGGAGAGGCAAUUGACAAGACAGCAAGGUUGCUUGAUCUGGAAUGGAUCAAGGGCAGAAGAGGAGGACCCGGUGCUGCACUUGAAAGAGCUGCCUUACAGGGUGAUCCAGAACGAUUCUUAUCUCGCUUACCGACACCAAUGCUUCAGAGGAACAAAUCAGUGAUUGGGUUCAGUUUUUCUGGUUUAAAGACGGCAGUAGCUAGAUUGAUUGAAAUGGAUAAAUUGGUCGAUUUGAAGAAACCUCAAGAUGUCUCAGACAUGGCCGCUGCUUUUCAGAUAGCUUGUAUACGCCAUUUGGAGCAAAAGAUCACUCUUGCUUUGGAGCGAGAAGUGGUUGAAUUAAAGAAGCCUCUGACAGCACUAGUAGUAAGCGGAGGUGUGGCAAGUAAUACCCUUUUUAGAAGCAGAUUAGAAGCUUUAGCACAUGCUUACGACUUGCCAUUAAUAUGUCCUCCUCCGCAACUGUGUACUGACAAUGGUGUCAUGAUUGCUUGGGCAGGACUCGAGAGAUUGCAAGCUGGCCUUAUCGAUGAUUAUACCAUUACAACAUUACCGAAGUGGCCAUUAGAAGAACUCAAGAUCCGAAAUGAAUAA